UUUGUAGACCUGCUCGGCUAUCACAACCGUUAUGAGGUGCAGCAACUGCUACGUUGUCAUUUUCUGGAAGAUGGACAGAUAGAAAAGGAGGGAGAGGAAGAGAGUUGAAGGCGGUGCACUGCGGAGGAACCAAAGAAAACACAGGUGAUGACCUGAAAACAUCAUGUCGGAGGUCCAGGGAACUGUCGAGUUUUCUGUGGAGCUGCACAAAUUCCAUAAUGUGGAUCUCUUCCAGAGAGGGUAUUACUUGGUGCAUGCAAGUUUGAAAGUCCCAUCCAGGAUCCCACAUCGAUUGUUGGCAACUAUCUUGGAACAAACAGGUGAUUCAAUCCUUUGCUCAGCCUGUGUCCAUGAGAACAGUGUCUACAGCAGAGUGUUUCAGAUCUUGUACCGGAACGAAGAGAUUGUAAUCAAUGAAUCCAUGAACUUUAGGGUUCACCUUCUCCUGGAUGGUGAAAGGGCUGAAGAGGCACUAAGUGAAGCAGAUUUUCAACUCAAGCUGGAUCUGCACUUUACAGACAGUGAACAACUGCUGAGAGACGUCACGGCCAUCCCAGUGAUAAGCAGCCGUACUUUGGGGCUUCACUUCCACCCGAGGCAAGGCCUGCACCAUCACGUCCCCGUCAUGUUCGACUACUUCCACCUCUCGGCCAUCUCUGUUAGCCUGCACGCCUCUCUGGUGGCUCUACACCAACCCUUAAUCAGCUUUGCCCGUCCCGGGAAGGGUUCGUGGCUUGGUAAAGGCAGCUUGGAAAUGGGACCAGAUCUGACGGGGAUGUCGCUUGAAACGCUGGUGUUUGGAGCUGGUUACUGCAAGCCUGCUGCGUCAGAGGGCAGCUUUUACGUGCCAUCGGAGAACUGCAUGCAACAUGCACACAAGUGGCAUAAGGACCUUUGCCUCCUGCUCUUGAAUGCUUACAGAGGACUUCAUGUCUACUAUGCCAUCAUCACAAAGGAGAUUCCCAAUUUGCCACAGCUGAAGUUAGAGGAUCUUGCUGUGGAAGAGAUGCUCUCACAACUCUCUGCAGAGCUGCAGAUGCUGAACAAUCCAGAAAAGAUAGCAGAACAGAUCAGCAAGGACCUCGCUUGGCUCUGCUCCCAUCUUUUGUCUCUCUGGACCCAGUUUCUGGAGAUUGUAACCCUACAUCCAGAUGUCACAGCCUACCUUGUUCAGGAGCAUCACACGCUACGGGUAAGAAGAUUCUCCGAGGCUUUCUUUUAUGCUGAGCAUCAAAAGCUUGCUGUGUUGACUUUCCAGGAAAGCCUUAUCCAGCAUCAUAGCCAGGUUUCGUCAGAAGUCCGGAACUCCGAGUACCUCACAAGCAUGCCACCCCUGCCUGCAGAGUGCCUCGACAUAGAUGGAGACUGGAGCACGCUACCAAUUAUUUUUGAGGACAGAUAUGUCGAUUUCCCAUACAAAGUUCAGGACUUAGACAUUUUGUCGAAUUAUGUGGCUUCUGCUGUGGACAAUUCACAAGUGGACUUAGAAAAAGAUAGGGAUCCCUCCUCAGACAAUGAUACCGAUUUAGCGAAGGGAGAUUUCAAGGACCAUGUCCCAUUCAUCAUCCAUACAGAUAGGAUAAAUGGGAAAUCUUUGUAUAAUGGCAGCUAUCUAGAAGGAGAUUCCUGCAUGGUCAAGAGUUUCAAGGAACACUCCCUAACUCAGGUAUAUACAAGGAAUGGAGAUGUCCAAUCCUGCAAGGAUCAGUUAGAGCUGGCUAGCAGUGUUCGGUCUGGUUUGCAAACACAUCUUGUGAGAGAUCCUUCAGAAAGCCUUAACACAGAGAUGGAGUCUUCUGAAAGCAAUGAUAAACUCAACACAGAGGUGUCAUAUUUGGAUACGAACCCAAUGUGCGAUAGUGCCUACCAAAGAGAAGCAGUGCUCGUCAUGAACACUCUGUGUGACAGUGGCGCCUGUGAACACUCCAGGCUUUUGGAUGGGAUUGAAUUGGGUCAAGCAUCUAAAAAGGACCAUUCUGGGUCUACUCUCACUUCAGACAAACUCACAUUGAAUGAACAAAUUGGCUAUGAGAAAACAGUGGAUCAGGGUGUUGAAUUUAUAUUGCCAGCAUUGAGAACAUUUGAUAUAAAUGACCAUUUUGGCUCACUCAACCAAAUAAAAGAUGUUGAGGAGGCCAAGUCCUUUCAGAAGGAGCAAGGAGUUCGGGAGUGUGAAGAGUUUAGCUCGAAAUCAGGGGUCAUUAAGAGAUCUUCAUCACUAAUCUCAGACUCAGGAAUUGAAAGUGAACCCAGCUCAGUCGCUUGGUCUGAUGCACGGAGCAGGGCCUUGGAGUUGCCGAGUGAUCGGGAGAUCCUUCACCAUCUUGUCAGAAGACAUGCAAUCCACCGGAAUUCUCUAGAAGGUGGACACACAGAAAGCAAUACAAGUUUGCCUAGUGGCAUACAAGCCUCUCUCACGUCAAUUAGCUCCUUGCCCUAUGAGGAGGAUGAGAGAGAGGUGGAACCCAACAAACUGACAAAAUCCAUCUCGGCACCUCAGAUCAGUAGCCCUGAAGAGUCCGUAGAUGACAUGGAUAUAUCCAAGCAUGCCAAAACCAUCUCGGACAUAGCAGAGGGACAAUAUGUGGAAACAGGGAGUGCCAGAACGGAAUUAAGUGGAAAUAUUUCUAUGUGCCAGAAUGACAGAGAAAAUGGAGGACCACAGCUGUCAAUAGCUACACUAGAGCAUCCCAAUUCUGACUUUGAACAUAAUGGUGGCUUACCAGAAGCUGUCAAAAGCUGUUCAGAGAUGGACUUUAGCUUAGAAGCAGCAGGAGAACCUAUGCUUUUAAAGCAAAAUCAAGAUCUAGAUGAACACCAGUUGCCAAAGGGAGAAGAGGAAGUCCACUUGGGAAGGCUGAAUGACUACUCGGACAUGCAUGCUGCUCACCUUGAUGAAUCCAGCAAGGAGGGAGAUUUGCACAAAGGGCACAGUGUGCAUUCCACAAAUGUUGAGGCUUUCUCAGACUGUGAGAACCACACAGCCAAGUUUUGUUAUGCUAUCUCUGCCUCAUCAGAGGUUGCAUCUGAACCUGUCCCUACAAAGGGGCACUGUGGUAGCCCUCUUGUCAAUGGCAAAAUAACAUGUGGUGGAGAAAUUCCCAACUUGCAAGAAAUUGAACUGGACAGUCGAUCUAGGUGUGGAUCCUACUGUGCUGAAUCAGAAAACCGGGAGCUCAAAGUCGUGGCUAACACCACAGGAUUCUAUUCUGUGGUGCCUGAGGCAUUGGUUCUUGAGGGCAAAAAGGCCAUUGAGGUGGUCAACCUAUCUGUUUCUUGCACAGCUACGUGUCUUCCUUUUUCUUCAGUUCUCAAAGAGAACCCGCCCGUGGUUGGCUUCUCCUCCAAGCAGGUCCUUUCUCCUAUCACUCGCCAACCGGUGGGCUCCUUUGGGGUUAUUUCUUGUGAUCUCAGUGAUGUGGCUGAAGAGGCCAAUGAAAGGAUGCUUAGUUUUUAUCAGGCCAAAGAAAAAUUUAAAAAGGAACUGAAGAUUGAUGGAUUUCUGUACAGUGACUUAUCUGUACUAGCUUCUGAUAUCCCGUAUUUUCCACCAGAGGAAGAGGAAGAGGAUUUGGAAGACGGUAUUCACCUAGUGGUCUGCGUCCAUGGGUUGGAUGGUAACAGUGCAGAUCUUCGACUGGUAAAAACGUUCAUUGAGCUGGGCCUCCCUGGAGGAAAGCUUGACUUCCUGAUGUCAGAAAGGAACCAGACGGACACGUUUGCAGACUUCGAUACCAUGACUGACCGUCUGCUGGAUGAGAUUAUUCAGCACAUUCAGUUGUACAAUUUGUCAAUAUCACGAAUAAGCUUUAUCGGUCACUCCCUUGGUAACGUCAUCAUCCGGUCAGUAUUAACCCGGCCCAGGUUCCGCUAUUACCUCAAUAAGCUACAUACCUUCCUGUCCCUCUCUGGGCCUCACCUAGGAACAUUGUACAACAACAGUACUUUAGUUAGUACAGGUUUGUGGCUCAUGCAGAAGCUCAAAAAAUCUGGGUCACUUUUGCAGCUGACCUUCAGGGACAAUGCAGAUCUGCGAAAGUGUUUCCUCUAUCAGCUCAGCCAAAAAACAGGCCUUCAGUAUUUCAAAAAUGUCGUUCUGGUGGCCUCGCCCCAAGACCGCUACGUUCCAUUUCAUUCUGCAAGAAUAGAAAUGUGUAAAUCUGCACUGAAAGACAGGCAUACAGGUCCUGUUUAUGCCGAGAUGAUCAAUAACCUACUCCACCCAGUCGUUGGAGCAAAGGACUGCACUUUAAUCCGGCACGAUGUGUUCCACGCCUUGCCAAACACAGCCAACACGUUGAUUGGACGGGCUGCACACAUAGCAGUGCUGGAUUCCGAACUGUUCCUGGAGAAAUUUUUCCUUGUGGCGGGACUCAACUAUUUCAAAUAGGACCGGGAGCCGCAGGGUAACAAAGAACGCCUUGCCUACCAUAACAUGGGGUUUCUGGGCCACGAGAGUGCUGUGUUGCUGGGGGGAAAAUGGUGUAUGUCAAUAGCAAGGUGGGAUGGACACACAGACACACAAACCCAUAACCUGCUUAUUUUGGGGGAAGAAUCAAGUGCUUUUGGCUAUAAGGCAUCCAAAGGGCCAAAUAUUGGUGCUUUCUGAAAGAUGUAAACAUCUAUGUGUUAAGGGAUUUAUUUAUUUAUUUGUCCUUUUCUGUUUGUUCAUCUACGGUUUAAAUUGGUCUCCAAAUGUUGAGGGUGAGGUUAUUAGUCCGCCUCUCUAUAUGAGACAGAACCAACAUCUUGAUCUCCCCUCCAUCAUUAAAAACCCACCGAGGUACGAGCUGCCUUAGUUGAUUUAAUACUGAUUUGUGUAAUAGGAAUUUUGUUUAGUUUUGCAGAUUUUGGGGGGGGGGGGGUUUGUGUGAUUAGCGCUAACAGAAAGAAGCAAAUAUGAAACUCAGGUUCAAUUCUCCUCUGUGGUGAAUUCAAAGAUGGCGUGGGGUGCGGGGGAGUAGUUACGAACGGGAAUAAGUCAAUUUACAGCAUUUUUUGAAUAGUAAUUUAAAGAAGGGGACCCAGAGACAAUAGGUGGAAAACUCCUACUCUGCAGCCUAA